AUGGCAGCCGUACAAGAAGGCGAGUUCGCCCAGCCCUCACUGCCGCUGUCUGCCGACGAGGAGAGGGCGCUGGCGCUCUACGACAAGCUCCGCGAGCUCCAGCUUGAGAUUGCCAUUAUCAACGCGCAGCACAAAGCUCAAGAUGACGCGUCAAGUGGCGAGAUGACGGCAGAAGAGGCGGACGAAGCCCGCAAUCAGCUACUGGACACCAGAGCGCGAUACAUGCUUAGGAACUCGGUGGUUGAGGCAGUUCUCUCAGCAAACCCAAUUCUCAAAGCCGUCCACAACGGAACCGAUGCUUCACCGGUGGAACGGGAACUUCUAUCAUACGUAGAGAAACGUGACGAGGCCUCAAUUGCUGUCGCCAAGUUUGCAUCCGAGAGAGGCGAGCUCCGCGACAAGGCAACCAAGGCCCAGGGCAAGCUCCUGGCGAGGGCAGGGCACAAUGCCGAGCUCGCGAGCAAGCUGCUGGAACUGGUCGCUAGGAUCGACGAGAAGAAAGGCCAGCAGGACGGCUCAGCUGCCCAAGAGGCUCUACGUGAAUUUGAGGGCGCUCUAGCAGCAAGUAGACGCCGCUGGAGGGUCAUCAAGGGGGUUACGAGUGGUCUUAUUGUAGGUAGUGGGAUAGACUGGGCGCGAGAUGACCGUCUAAGAGACAUUGUCCUCGACCCGGAAGACGACGACUAA